AUGAGCUUCAUGGGCAAGGAAAACAGUGAAAAGCAGCUGAUCUGGGGGGUGUCCGGGAUCCAGGGGCCGCACCCGGGAGAUGGGGAAUGUCCUCGCAGUCUGGAGAAGUCGGGGCAGAAGACGUAUCCUGAGAAAAGUUCGGUAAUUCGGGAAGGGGAUCUUUCUCGAAGACCACCUCACACUGUCCUCCCUUACCCUCCCCUCCAGGCCUCACCGAGCCAGGGGAGUCGCCAUCCGAAGUGGCCACAAACGGACACUGGAGUCCCACUCGCGCCGCAGCCCCGCAAGGCCCAAGCAGGCCCAGCUCACCGCUUCCGCCGCGGUCUCCCUCUGCUUCCCGCUUUCUCUGUCCCGCCAGAGCCCGGGACAGAGUCGUCGUGUUUCCGUCCGAGAGUCUCAGACCUCCUCUCUAGGAGCCUCCUCCCCCAGAACCCUCGGGCCGCGCCGUCCCUAAGGCCCACGGGGCCGGGCCUCCUCAACAGGGGCGGCAGACCAGGUCGCCACCCGCUGCUCUCCCUGAGGCCCUCAACUACCUGCCUAGGGCUGCGGGAUCCUCCUCCUCCGCCGGCGCUGCACACGCCUCCCGGCUCCACUGGCGACGCUGGCGUUCUUGGCCUCUUCGCCUUGUCCCGGGCCCCUGAUCUGACUACGUCACCCUCCUUCAGUCACCAUGUCCAAACUUCCGGACCCCUCAGAACGCAGCGCAGUCCAGCUCUCCCUUCAGAAAUCCGGGUCGGAGGCCUGUCUGCCGGCCGCCUGGUUGGAACCCGUGACCGGACUCUCUUCGUGCCGCGUCCCCUCGCGGUGCUCGCGGGACGCUGCGCGCAGCCGGGGCCCAGUUGCCCGGCGCUGCCAGACUCUCAAUGAGCAGCUCGCCAGCUCUAUUGUUGCUCCUUAGGGCUCCAUUAGACAGAAUUGGACAACAAUGUGGCUCCUGCCAUUGGCCAGAGGAGGCAGACGGCGCUCUGAUUGGCCGGGCCCGCGCCCGGGGAGCCCCGCAUUCUACAGUGUCCGAAAGAUUCGAAACUCCAAAAGCUCCACUGUGUGCCUCCGGGAGGGGAGGGGGCGCGCCAGGGAAGGAGUGGAAAAAAGUGGGCGAGGAGAAGCGUUGAAAAUUUCGUGACUUGUAGUUUCCGUGCGCCCGAGAGCGUGUGAAUUGCUCCUAAUUACCGUGUCCGGUGCGCCUCUCUGCGUAGACGUGUGUAACCCCUCAGCUUCUGGGGCGCCGGCUCGGCUGCGCCGCUCUCACUGGCCGGGGGCGCUUGGCAAAGCCGAGCUUCCCAAGUGGCCCUGGAGCACUGGGGCGGGAUGGGGGGCAGAUUCUCUUAGACUCAGGACGCUCACCCGUCUGUCGGUCCUUCCAGGCAAGAGACAAAGUCACUGCGGGGAGGCCCCCGGGGACAGUUUUCAGUUUUAACUUUGGCCUUAUUCUCAUCCUGCCCUGAUGUCGCGGCCCUGAGGAACAGCUCCUUCUGAAGAGGAGGAGCGCAGGACCCACACCCCACCUUCCAACACCUUGAGGUUCCGCGGCCAAGUACGUCUACGCCCCGGCUGCACUUGCGGAGGGAUUGGGGAAGAGCGCCGAUCACCACCGGAUUCCCUGUAGGAGCCCCAGGCGCCUGCUCCCAGAGCUCCGAAAAUUGGACAAAAUUUUCGGGAAAUUAUAUUAAACCUAAAACGAAAUAAACUAUACAAAUCUGCCUAGCUUUGGCGGGGGGCGGGGGGUCAGGUAUCCUUCUUUGCUCUUGAGGCCAGGCCAUCGUGAGAUUUCCCCGCUCCGGGUCGAGGGUCCCGCAAAAGCCAAGGGUAGAGCCACAAGGGCUCGGGAACCGAGGGGUCACCGCAGAUGCGUGAAGGACUUCAUUUUCUCAGAAGGGGGUGGAGGAGCAUCCUGACACCUAACACAGCCCAACCAGAGGGAAUCCGCCCACCCCUGGUGGAGGCACCUCUCUCUUCUCUCAUUCCUUUCCUCAUCCCCAAAGGUCUGGGACCCACAGCCUUUUCUCCCACUCCCCGAAGGUUAGGGAAUUCCUGUGAGUGAAUGUGUUAAGGAGGAGGGCAAAAUAAACCCGUCCUGGGCCAAGGUCAUAGCACUCACACUUAGACCAGGCAGGAAUCCUCUGCCCAGCUUCGCAGGCCACUCCACGGGCAGUUCCUCCUGAUUUGGAGUGGGUCGGUCGGAGGGGAAAGGAAGGGCAUGGCUCUACUGAGCCGCCAGCACUAGAAGAGCACGCCCCGGUUGAGGCAGUAGGGGCGACCCCCACACACACACAACUAGCUUCACACUUGGACACACUCCCUCCUCCGCAAGUGUGACCACUCUCUGCAAAGUUUGGAACACACUCUCACGCCGGCAUUCAGAGAGCACCCUGGGCCCUAGGCUCAACUCUGAUGCUAGCCUCCCGCCAAGGGGACCUUUUCAGUGAGUUUGACCUCACAGUGUUCUCAUAAACAUGUCCUCAUCCUGGGACAUCCACUUGGUAUGUAACACUCCCAGACUCCCACAGAUUUCCACCUCGGUGACUGGACACCCCGACAGAAGCACAUCCUCACGCACGUAUGCCCUGGUUUAUGCGCAGACCUCCAUCCUUACUUCUACAUUUGGGCCCCAGGCAGAAAAAGCCACAGCCUUCCGGGACAAAUGAGUCGGCUGAGAGCAGAGGGCCCUCCUCACACAUUCACACGAAUCCUCUCAGCUCAGAAUCAUUUGCUGACGCCUCUGCAGUGCCAGGGGCUUGGGGACCGACCGGGUGAGAGGACCCAGCCAAGAAAAUCCACCCCAUCCCUAUUCGCCCCUGGCCCCAUCCCCCACCCCCACGCCCAGGCAGUGGUGGCGUCCAAAGGGACUGCACUGGGGUGAGGCUGGGGUUGAGGUCCUAGGGCGCUGAACCGGCUCGAGGCGCGGCUUGGGAAAGGGGGCCGAGGGUGAGGAGUGUGGCUCUGAGUAGGAGAAGAGCCAAGAGCGCCGAUGGGGGACCCGGGAGGCAUUGACUUUUGCGCUGUUUGCCCGCGGCCUCGGAGCAAGCAGACGCCAUCUGUUUGCCGGCUGCGACGCGUCCCGUUUAAUUACCCUCCCGGCAGCCUAAUAGAGAUGAUAUUAAACUAAAUCUUUCUGACAUUAAAAGUAAUUAUCCCCAAACCGGUGGCUCCGGGACGGAAUGGCCCCUCCCGCACCCACCCCUUCCUUGGCCGCGCCGGAUUCCGUUAGUUUGGCUGAUACUCUUCGCCCGGGAAUGGGCGCAGAAGAAAGGGGGAAGAUGCCUGUGGGAGAAGGAAUCUCUACGAGUUGCCCGUCACGCGUUUUCCCCCACGACCACAGACGCUCCUGUUAUGUGGACACACGCACGUGUACAUAUAGACACGUAGCGACAUUUUCCUCCAGAUCAACUCAUGAGUCAUGCUGAUUAAGACCCUUAGCCGCUCACGCCCUCUGUGGAUAGGGAGACUCGCAGCUUGGUUUCCUGUCCCCGUCCUCUGACACUGCUAAAAUGGUCAUUUUCCGUGGUCAUAGCCACGGAUCUAUGCCGGAACCAGGAACCUGUCAUAAUUGCGAAGCCAGAAAGAACUCCUAUGGUGGCGCCUGGUUUCUCAGGCGCUCUUCCAGCUAAGGGCCAGGCGCCCAGCGAUUUCCCUACAGUGUCUUACUGAAGUCGCACCUCUCUCUGCGAGGCAGGUCCUAUUAUUCCACUUGUCAGGUGAGAGAAUGGAUUCGGAGAGGUGAGAUAACUUGUUCCACAUCUCACAAUUAGUGCGUAACAGUGCAAAAUCAAACCCGGGAGUACCGUCAUCCAACGCCAGGUCUGUCUGCACAGUGCAGGCGCAGCGGACUGGCUCCUGGCCCGACGCACCCCUCCACACUCGUCGGCCGGGAACCCGCUGGUGCUUUGCUUCUUCCCGGGCCGUGGACUUAAAGGCAGGGCGGAGCAGCCGACUGAAGGCGGAGGAGCACGGGCUUUGGCGCUGUGUGAAAGGCAGGAGCCUCGGAGGUGGAGCCCCAGCGGCUACAGCCCUCCUUUGGAUCUAGCCAUUGCGUCUGCCCGGCAAGCGAAAGGCGGGCGUCUGCCUAGUGUCGCCAGGCUUCUCCACGACCUUCUGACUGGGGACAUCUAAGCCUGACACCAACGCGUGGAGAGUGGUGUUCACCGCCCCACAAUUCGUUUCUAUUUGUGAGUGCCUACUGAGUACAGCCACUCUGCUAAACACUUGGUGUGUGCUGUCUUGCUCGGCACGCAGUUCUGGGGGAAGAUGCGGUGUUCCACGUUUCAAACACGAGAUAGCCAAGGUUCAGCAAGGCGACAUAACUUGCCUGGGGCCACAGUGCUGCCGAACUUAAAACAAACAAACAAACAAAAAAAACCCAGAAAUCCA